AACUCCAUUAUUAAUCUACUUCGAUUUUUUCCCCUCUUUCGUUAUUUUUCUUUUUUAAUCUAAAGUUUCGUAUUCAACUUUAUCAUCAUCUUGCCCCCUGUUUUCUUUCAUCCCUAUUAAACCACUAGUAUAAUAUUUUUGGACCCUGGUACGUGCCCAUUCAACCAUGAUUUCUAAGCUUAAAAAUCUGGUCACCACGCAUUUAUUAUAAUAUCAUCUACUAUCUUCCUUUUUUUUUUUUCCCCCUAACACUGCAACAAUUCCUUAGUCAAAAAUAAAAUAAAAUUGACACCCCCACGACAAUUUCUAAUCCCCCCUCUCCCAAAUCUGCACCUACUGGAAAAAUAUAUCCUUAAAAUUUCUUGAUCUAUACUGUAAAGAUUAUUUGUUCAACCAGGGAUACUAGUCAGUUUAGCAUAUAAUAUAGAGGUUGAACUCGUUCAGUCAUCGUAUGGCAGUGAAGAUUUUUUUCUGCAAUCAUGGAAGUGCUCUCAUGUUCCAAUAUACAUUAUGUCACGGAGUCUGAUUGCCCUCAACAGGGCCCUGGAGCUACUCUUAUGUAUGGUGGAAAACCAGACCAACUUGAACAUGCAGAACAAGUUCAAGCCAGUGAUUUGAAAGUUGAUGAUGUAGUUCUUAAUUCGGAGUGUCAGGAAGAGAAAGCAGAUGGACGUCAAUUCGCUGUCGAGGGAUUACCAACUGCAGAUGGGCUUCAUACUAAAGAUGCAUAUUAUGAUUUUGGGGGAGAUGGACAAAUGCAGUGCAGUGAUUUCCCAGAUUCUGGAGAUGACAAUGUUGAGGAACAUGACCAUGUUACAAGACCUGGUCUGGUGCCAGAGACCAUUGAAAUUGGAGUCCCUAAUAGUAGCCAGGUGGUGGGAUCCUCUCCCUGCGAUUCCAAGUGGCUGGAAGAAGAUGGACCUCUAGCAGUAUGGGUCAAGUGGAGGGGGUCAUGGCAAGCAGGAAUUAGGUGUGCAAGAGCUGAUUGGCCACUAUCGACUCUCAAAGCUAAGCCUACACAUGAGAGGAAAAAAUAUCUUGUGAUAUUCUUUCCUCGCACCAGAAUUUAUUCUUGGGCCGAUGUGCUUCUCGUUCGCCCAAUUAGUGAAUCUCCGCGUCCCAUCCCAUAUAGAACCCAUGAAGCUGGGUUGAAAUUGGUGAAAGACUUGACUCUUCCUCACCGCACUGUCCUGCAUAGACUUGCUAUCAGCAUACUGAAUAUAAUUGAUCAAUUACGUGCUGAGGCUCUAGAAGAGACUGCUCGCAAUGUGAUGGUAUGGAAGGAAUUUGCAAUGGAGGUUUCCCGCUGCAAGGGUUAUCCUGAUCUUGGAAGGAUGCUUCUGAAAUUUAAUGAUAUGAUACUGCCGUCGUAUAAAAAAUCAUCUUUGACGGUGUCUUGGAUUCAGAGCUGUCAGAAUGCCGAUAGUGCCGAGACAAUUGAAAUGCUGAAGGAGGAAUUGGCUGAUUCUAUACUUUUGAAUGAGUUGAACUCACUUUCAAAUGAAGGAUUAGAUUUUGAUCUGAACUCUCAGUGGAAGAAUUGCAAAUCUGAGGUUAUGAAAUGGUUUUCACUUUCACAUCCCCUAUCUGAUAGUGGAGAUAUUGAACAGCCGAAUAAUGAUAGCCCGUUAACGAUGGAGCUUCAGCAGAGCAGAAAGAGGCCCAAGCUUGAAGUUCGUCGUGCUGAGACACAUGCUUUGCCCGUUGAAUUUCAGGUGUCACAUCAGGCUGUCCCUGCUGGAUUUGAUGCUGGUAUUCUUGGUGGCCAUAAUAAUUCCAAAAAUGUAUUGUUAGAUUCUGAACCUACAAAGGAUGAUAUAUCUCUUGGAGAGGUUCCUCCAAGUGGUUCCCCUGGUAGUGUGGCAGAUAGAUGGGGAGAGAUUAUUGUUCAAGCAGACAAUUCCAACAUCAUUCAGGUGAAAGAUGUGGAACUGAUUCCUAUAAAUGGAGUUGUUACUAGUAAUUCCUUUGAUCAUGGAAGUAAGAAUCGCCAGUGUAUGGCCUUUAUUGAAACCAAAGGAAGACAAUGUGUCAGAUGGGCUAAUGAUGGUGAUGUUUAUUGUUGUGUGCACUUGGCCUCUCGCUUUGCCAGUAGCUCCAUUAAGGCAGAAGCAUCGCCGUAUGUUGAUUCACCUAUGUGUGGAGGGACCACUGUUCUUGGGACUAAAUGCAAGCAUCGCGCCUUAAGCAGCUCUCCUUUCUGUAAGAAACACAGGCCCCGAGAUGAGAAAGGGUCAGACUCCAUUUUGUCAGAGAGUAAACAUAAGCGAAAGCAUAAGGACAGUGUACCUAGAUUAGAUACCUCAAGUUGCAAAGAUAUUGUUCUCGCUGGAGCAUUUGAUCCUCCGCUUCAAGUUGAUCCUAUCUCAGUUCGACGUGGAGAAUCUUGCAUUAGGAACAACUUAAUUGAGGCACCUCAGUAUUUGCAGAACAAGUCUAGUGGUUCUGAGAUGCAUUGCAUUGGUUUGUGGCCACAUGGAAGUGAGCUUUGCCUAGAAAGUCCAAAACGACAUUCAUUAUACUGUGAUAAGCAUUUACCAAGCUGGCUUAAACGUGCGAGGAAUGGCAGGAGUAGGAUAAUUUCGAAGGAAGUAUUCAUAGAACUUUUGAAGGAUUGCCACUCCAGGGAUCAAAGAUUGCAUUUACAUCAAGCUUGUGAGCUUUUCCACACACUUCUCAAAAGUAUACUUUCUUUGAGAAACCCAGUUCCAAAAGAAGUGCAAUUCCAGUGGGUCAUAUCUGAAGCUUCUAAAGACCCAAAGGUUGGUGAAUUCUUAAUGAAAUUAGUUUGUACUGAAAAAGAGAGGCUGAAAAACAUUUGGGGCUUUAGCUUAAGUGAAGAUGCACAAGCUUCCGCUUACGUCGAAGAACCCACUCCAUUAUUAAGGAUUACGGAUAAUGACCGGGAUCAUUGUGAUGUCAUAAAGUGCAAAGUGUGCUCAGAAAUGUUUCCAGAUGAGCAAGUGCUUGGCACACACUGGAUGGACAAUCACAAAAAGGAAGCACAAUGGCUGUUCAGGGGUUAUGCAUGUGCUAUCUGCCUGGACUCUUUUACUAAUAAGAAAGUUUUGGAAACCCAUGUGCAGGAAAGGCAUCAUUCACAGUUUGUUGAAAAUUGCAUGCUUUUCCAGUGUAUUCCUUGUACUAGCAAUUUUGGGAACUCAGAGGAGUUAUGGUCCCACGUGCUCACCACACAUCCUGCCAGUUUCAGAUUGUCUCAUACUGCUCAAGAGCAUCAUUUUCCCGCAGGUCAGGUGUCGUCAGAGAAGCCUGAUAUAGGCAAGUCCUUGUUGACGGAGAAUGUCAAUUCAGAGAACCAGUCUGGUUUCCGAAAAUUCAUCUGCAGAUUUUGUGGCCUGAAAUUUGACUUGCUACCUGAUCUAGGCCGUCAUCAUCAGGCUGCUCACAUGGGUCCUAACCCGGUUGGCUCUCAUAUCUCCAAGAAGGGGAUCCGUUAUUAUGCUUAUAAAUUGAAGUCAGGAAGACUUAGCCGUCCGAAAUUCAAGAAGGGUCUCGGAUCUGUAGCAUAUAGGAUUAGGAACAGAAAUGCUCAGAAUAUGAAGAGACGCAUCCUGUCAUCAAACUCUAUUAUUAGUGGAAAAUCUACCAUUCAACCUAGUGCAACCGAGGUAGCUGGUCUAGGUAGACUGGCAGAUCCCCACUGUUUAGAUAUUGCAAAGAUAUUGUUUGCUGAUAUUAAGAGAACAAAGCCACGGCCAAGUAACUCAGACAUCUUAUCAAUAGCUCGCAUUACUUGCUGCAAAGUAAGCCUCCAAGCAUCACUUGAAGCAACAUAUGGCAUUUUGCCGGAGCGCAUGUAUCUCAAAGCAGCAAAAUUGUGUAGUGAGCAAAAUAUCCUAGUAAGCUGGCACCAAGAUGGUUUCAUUUGCCCCAAAGGGUGUAGACCUGUCCGUGAUCCUUGCAUAGUAUCUUCUUUACCUCCCCUUCCUGAUCAAGCGAAUAGAACUGGAAGUAUUCCACUAGAUUCUGCUAUAAGUGAGUGGACAAUGGAUGAGUGUCACUAUGUCAUUGAUUCUCAACAGUUCAAGCAUGAACCGACGGACAAAACUAUCCUCUUGUGUGAUGACAUAAGCUUUGGACAGGAGUCAGUUCCGAUAACUUGUGUUGUAGAAGAAAAUUUAUUUGCCUCCCUCCACAUUCUUGCUGAUGGCUCUGAUGGCCAAAUUACGACUAGUUCUCUACCUUGGGAGAGCUUUACUUAUGCGACAAAAUCGUUGAUCGAUCAAUCCGUGGGUCUUGCAAUAGGGGGUUCCCAAUUGGGUUGUGCUUGUCCAAAUUCAGCAUGCUCUUCUCAAACUUGUGACCAUGUUUACCUUUUUGAUAAUGACUACGAGGAUGCAAAAGAUAUUUAUGGGAAGCCUAUGCGUGGAAGGUUCCCAUAUGAUGAGAGAGGUCGGAUAAUAUUGGAGGAGGGCUACCUAGUCUAUGAAUGCAAUCAAUGGUGCUCUUGCGAUAAAUCUUGUCAGAAUAGGGUUUUACAAAGUGGAGUGCGUGUGAAGCUAGAAAUAUAUAAAACCGAGACAAAGGGAUGGGCAGUCAGGGCAAGAGAAGCAAUCCUUCGUGGUACAUUUGUGUGUGAAUAUGUCGGAGAGGUACUUGAUGAGCAGGAAGCAAAUAAAAGACGCAAUAGGUAUGGCGUAGAAGGUUGCAGGUACUUCUUGGAGAUAGAUGCUCACAUUGAUGAUAUGAGCAGACUGAUUGAAGGGCAAUCUCCACAUGUAAUCGAUGCUACUAACUAUGGAAACGUUUCCCGUUAUAUCAACCACAGGAGGUCACGGGUUCAAACCUUGAAAACAGCCUCUGGCAAAAAUGCAAGUUGCUCGCCAAAUCUCGUGAAUUACCAAGUUCUCGUGGAAAGCAUGGAUAAUCAGCUUGCACACAUUGGUUUUUAUGCAAGUCGAGAUAUACUUGCAGGUGAAGAACUGACUUUUAAUUAUAGAUACAAACUAUUGCCUGGAGAAGGGUCUCCAUGCCUGUGUGGAUCCUCCAAUUGCAAGGGACGUCUUUACUAAAUCCUCUACUUAAUAUGUUGUGCAUUCAGAGCUGUAGAGAUUUGGAAUCCCGAAGCCUGGUGUGCUUGAAGGAAGGAAAAAGGUUUGUAAUCGUCCUUAGGUUAUGGUUUGUGUGACCUAGUUUGUCACACCCUGGCUGUGAUGUAAUGAAAUUUACUAUCACAGGUUUUAGCUUUUUCUGAUUCCCGUUUUCAUCCUCUCUAGUUUCUGGGGUUACCCAAUCUCCAUUUUUAAUCAGAAAUGCAUGGUUAAAUUUCCACUCUCAUAGUUGUGGCAGGUUUGCUAAUUUGCUAUCUCUCUCUGGAGUUAUGCCAUAGGCCAGGAACAUUUGUUUCGUCCUUGUUGAACGUAUAAAUGAUUGGUUUCGUAUAAAGCAAGAAUUUGAGUC